AAUUAUAGUCCGAAAACAGUAUGCAUUGCAUAAAAAUCGUUAUGUGUUGACACUUGCAGCGUAUCUACGUGCUACAAGAAAGAUUUUGUCACCCUAGAAACGGUUUCCAGGCAACUAUUGACAAAACAUAAUAACCCGGAAACUGAAUCACCAACAGUAAUCACAUUCGUUGUCUUUCGUCCCAAAUGGCCGGCAAGGGCAAGAAGAAAAAGCCGAAGAACAACAAAAACGGCGACAAGGGCAAGAAAAAGGCUGGCAAGCCGAAAAAAACCGGAGGUAGAAAAGGCAGGUCAAAAAGUGCAAGAUGUACUGUGGAUAUCUUCACAGAAGCAGCGAUGGAAAACGCAUACACCACUUGUCACAAUGUCCAGGACCUGCUGAGGUGGAGGGGGUUUCCUUGGCCUGACGCACAGAAGAAGAAGAAGAAAGGAAAGAAGUAA